CCUUCAUUGUGUCGGGCGGAGCGCGGAGCCCCAGGACCUCCACAGAGCUCUCGGCCUGGGUUAGUAUGUCCUGGCGCCGAUCGCAGCCGUCUCCGCUAGGAGCCAUGGGCAGGAAGCGGCUUAUCACCGACUCUUUCCAGGUGGUGAAGAGGCAGCAUCGGGACCCUGACACCAAGGAGGGGAGCCUACAGCCAGAGGCGGUGCCUGUCCCAGCUGAAUCCCCCACAGACAGCUCCCUGCACCCGGCCCAGCUGGAGAUGCUUAAACAGUUUGACCUCAGCUGGGAGUAUGGACCCUGCACUGGUAUCACCCGGCUGCAGCGCUGGGAACGGGCCGAGUCCCUGGGGCUGAGCCCACCUCUCAUGGUGCGGGAGACACUGCUGGAGCAUGAGGGAGACCCCAGCUUCAUGCACUGCCUCUGGCAUGACUACCCACUCUGAGAUGAGGCAUGGCUGGCCCCACCAUACAGCACGGAAGGGGGAAUCAUGCUGCUGCCCAGACCCCACAGCAUUUUACUCUGGUUCCUGAUUGGAAAAUAGCUCUGUGCUUAUAUUAAGAAGGGGCGGGGGCUCCCCUGGCAAUUGGGGUAUGGGGUGCCCAGGGCCCACAUUGGAUGGGCAAGCCCAGGUCCUGGCAACCCUAGACCAAGCUGUGCUCUGUCCCAUCAGCUGCUGAGUCCAUAUUCCAGAUUAAAGGGCCUGUUUGAGAA